AUGAUUCAGGUUGUUUUAAAUAAUGCAACUUUGGAGACCGACAAUCCAGAUCUACGAGAUCGGGCCUACAUAUAUUGGCGUCUUCUUUCAACAGAUCCAGAGGCUGCAAAAGAUGUUGUUUUAGCUGAGAAACCAGUGAUUAGUGAUGAUUCAAAUCAAUUCGACUCAUCUCUCCUCUCUGAACUUCUGGCUAACAUUGCUACAUUGUCCUCUGUUUAUCACAAAACGCCUGAAACAUUUGUAACUCGUGUGAGAACCAUUCCAAAAACAGAAGAAGAAGAGUUACCAGAGGGCUUUUCCAAUACACCACGUGCACAUAUUCUUAAUGGUGCACCAUCACCUACUACUAUACCUGUUUCUCCUUAUGCUUUAACAAAGCAAACAUCUCUUCCACCUGCUUCCAUUCCAGAUUUACUCGAUCUAGGUCUUGAUGUUGAUGUUGGUAAUAGUAAUGCCAUGGUGCCUGUUGAUUCGCCUUCAGCACCUACAGGGCCGCCGCUACCGAUUUUGUUACCGGCUGCAAAUGGUCAAGGUUUACAGAUUAGCGCGCAGCUGGUGAGGAGAGAUGGCAAGGUUUUUUACAGCUUAAUUUUGGAGAACAACACACAGAAUUCACUCGAUGGAUUUAUGAUCCAGUUCAAUAAAAAUACCUUCGGUCUUGCUGCCGGUGGACCACUUCAGGUACCGGAAUUGCUACCGGGAACGACCAGAAAAGCCCUUCUUCCGAUGGUUCUGUUCCAGAAUAUGGCGCCGGGUUCUCCGACCUCGCUUUUACAGGUUGCAGUGAAGAACAAUCAACAGCCUGUAUGGUACUUUAAUGAUCGAAUCUCGUUGUUUGUAUUGUUCACAGAAGAUGGAAAAAUGGAACGCGACAUCUUCCUUGAGACAUGGAGGUCAUUGCCGGAUUCGAAUGAGGUCUCGAAGGAGAUUCGUGGAAUUUUGAUUAACAACGUUGAUGCAACUAUAGAGGAGUUGGCUUCCUCAAAUAUGUUUUUCAUUGCGAAGCGUAAGAAGAAAAACCAAGAGGUUUUGUAUUUAUCUGCUAAACUCCCAAGAGGAAUCCCUUUAUUGAUCGAACUCACAGCAGUUUUGGGGUCUCCCGGCGUUAAAUGUGCCCUUAAAACUCCCAGCCCUGAAAUGGCUCCGUUAUUCUUUGAAGCCCUCGAAACUCUACUCCAGGCUUGAAGGUUUGAGAGACUUU